UAUACACUUGAAUGCAGCGCGGCAGUCACGGUAGGAGGUUCGCUCGGACACACUCUGCAUCCGAGGAGGGGGGCACUGUUGUCAUUCGUCGGGGCUGUGAGUCGAGCUUUUGUCCUGGAGAAAUGGCUGGGAUUAAAGCUCUCAUCAGCCUGUCCUUUGGAGGGGCCAUUGGCCUCAUGUUCCUCAUGCUAGGAUGUGCCCUCCCUGUGUAUGACAAAUACUGGCCUUUGUUCCUCCUCUUCUUCUACAUCCUGUGUCCCAUCCCUUACUGCAUCUCGCGGCGAGUGGUCGACGACACCGACUCGGCCAGCAACGCCUGCAAAGAGCUGGCCAUCUUCCUCACGACGGGCAUCGUCAUCUCGGCGUUCGGCCUCCCCGUUGUCUUCGCCAGAGCCCAAGUGAUUGCCUGGGGGGCGUGUGCGCUCGUGCUAACGGGGAACGUAGUCAUCUUCAGCACCAUCCUGGGCUUCUUCUUGGUCUUUGGAUCCAACGACGACUUCAGCUGGCAGCAGUGGUAAAACAGCAGAGGGAGGGGUCCUUAGUCUGAAUUGGUUUUAUUAUUAUUGUUAUUAUUAUGGUAUUACUGUUUGGUUAUUGUUGUUAUUUAUAUGAUGACCGCCCAUCCAUAGACCCCACCAAACCAGUGCAAUACUUUUUGUCUUUGUUUGUUUUUCGUACUGCUUCCUUCAAAUUGAACUGACACAAGUGGGAUGGAAACUGCUGACAAUUGCAUAUUGUUACUCGUUAGUUUCUGUGUUUUUUUUUUUUAAAUCUUCAUGUGUGCGUUUUAUUUUUGAGCGAAGCCGACAACUACUGCUUGUAUUAUCUGUGAGAAAAGAAAAGAAUAAUCUGCUUGAAUGCCAAACAAUCUGAAAGGGCCUCCACACUGAGAACAAAAAGCAGCGGGUGCGUUUCCCGUCCCACGUGCAGAGUGUGAAAAGCUGAGAAAAGCUGUUUCCAUUUGACUCUCUUUGAUCAGAACUGAUCAGUCUUGUAUAUUAAAAAAAUCAUCAUCAUCUGGGAGCUGUGAGAGCCGAGGAGAAGUGGCCCCGUUACGGCGCCUUGGUCGGCUUUCAUUUCCCAGCAGCAUGUUCCUCCGUGGCCCGCAACCCCCACAAAGAGUCCUCAGACGCAGUAAGACAACGGCUCAAACACGCCGGAGAUCAAAUGAAUUUCGACUCGCUGCGGGCCCCUUAAGCUUUUACUUACGGACUCCUUCAAAAUAAAAGCAGCUCAGUGCUGUAUUUCUCUGCAGGUCCACAUUUCCUCACACCAGCAUCGUGAUGACGAAACGCAGCUCCGAUGAGUCUGGAGGUCUUUCUGUGCCUCCAGCGCUGCUCUCCUGUGUGACUGCAGCGUCAGUUUGAAUAUGUGCUCUCUGGAAGAUAAAACAAACA